CCGCAUAGCAGGUGAGACUCUCCCGCCCCGUCUCCUUGGGCCGCCCAGGCGGCGGACUCCCCUGGGUGCUCUGCCCCUCUGCCUGCGCCCUGGCGCCUCCGGUGCCUCCUGCCUGGGCUGGGCCUCGGCUCUCCCCAUGACACCUCCUGGACGGCUCUACCUCCUGAGGGUGCGCGGCGCCCCCCCCCUCCUCCUCCUGGGGCUGCUGCUGGCCCUGCCGCCUGAGGCCCAGGGGCUUCCUGGGGUCGGCGUCUCACCCUCAGCUGCCCGGACUGCCUACCAGCACCCUCAGAAGCACUUCGCACCAGGCACCCUCAAACCAGCUGCUCAUCUUAUUGGAGACCCCAGCACCCAGAGCUCACUGCGCUGGAGAGCAAACACGGAUCGUGCCUUCCUCCGACAUGGCUUCUCUUUGAGCAACAAUUCCCUCCUGGUUCCCACGAGUGGCCUCUACUUUGUCUACUCCCAGGUGGUCUUCUCUGGAGAAGGCUGCUUCCCCAAGGCCACCCCCACCCCUCUCUACCUGGCCCAUGAGGUCCAGCUCUUCUCCUCCCAGUACCCCUUCCAUGUGCCUCUCCUCAGUGCUCAGAAGUCUGUGUGCCCAGGGCCACAGGGACCUUGGGUGCGCUCUGUGUACCAGGGAGCUGUGUUCCUGCUCACCCAGGGAGAUCAGCUCUCCACUCACACGGAUGGUGUCUCCCACCUACUCCUCAGCCCCAGUAGUGUCUUCUUUGGAGCCUUUGCUCUGUAGAAAAAUCCAGAAAGAAAAAUAAUUUGUUUUGAGAGCUUCUCCCCAUUUUGCCUCCAUUCCAACCACUUCAAGGGUCACUAAACCUCUCUUUUGACUCUUCCAAUAGCCUCAAGUCCCCCCUGCUCGUGUUACCUGGAGCUUCCAAAAAAGGAAUUCUAGGCACCCCAGGGGACCAUACCUCCUUUCAGCAAACCCCAAUGCUAGGCUGAGGAUUUCAAGUCUGCCUAGAAAUUCCUGCCCAGAGCUCUUCAUCUGUCCUGCCAGUCAAGGAGGACCUAGCCCUGGACAUGGAGGGGGCAGACACCAGGAGGAGCUUGGGUGGACGACAGGGGGCAUGGGAGGGGGAAUUAUUUAUGAAGGGAAAAAAUUAAAUUAUUUAUUUAUGGAGGAUGGAGGGAAGGGAAUAAUAGAGGGCCACCAGAAGAGAGAGAGAAAUACGCCCAAGGGAUGACGAGAGAGAGGAAACAUCGGCAUAAGGAUAACCCCAUUGAAGAGGAGACAAGCGUGGCUGAGACACCGGGGAACUCCAGAAGGAAGCAAAAGAUUCUUCAGGUCCAGCCACUGCUUGACUGAACAUCCCAUGAGGAGACAUCUGCACCUUCAAUGAAGCCCAAUAAACUUCUUUU